AGUAGCAAUGUAACUAGUGAUCAAGAUGUCCCUCCCACAAGUGGAACAAGUGUGGAGGAGGAGUUUGUUACUACCACAGAAAGUCCAACCACCCGUCCUGGCAUUCGAAGGAAUAGCAAGACUCCAUUUGUCUAUACCAGGAUAGUAGGUGGUGAUUAUGUGGUUCUUGGCGAAUGUCCAUGGCAGGCUGUUCUGUUGAAUGAGGCAGGGGAAGAGUUUUGUGGCGGAACUAUUUUGAAUGAAAAUUUUGUACUUACUGCAGCUCAUUGUAUGAACCAAUCUAAAGAAAUCAAAGUUGUUGUUGGUGAAGUGGACAGAGAAAAGGAAGAACAGUCUGAAACGAUGCAUACAGUGGAGAAAAUACUUGUUCACUCUAAAUACAUUGCUGAGACCUACGAUAAUGACAUAGCCUUAAUCAAGCUGCAGGAACCUAUAACGUUUUCUGAGUACGUCGUCGCAGCGUGCCUCCCCGAAGCAGACUUUGCUAAUGAAGUUCUGAUGAACCAAAGAUCUGGGAUGGUUAGUGGCUUUGGGCGUGAAUUUGAAGGUGGACGACUAUCCAAAAAACUGAAAGUGCUGGAAGUGCCCUAUGUCGAUAGGAACACGUGCAAGCAAUCCACUAACUUUGCAAUAACAGAAAACAUGUUCUGUGCUGGUUAUGAAACAGAGCAAAAAGAUGCUUGUCAGGGAGACAGUGGAGGCCCCCACGUAACCAGAUAUAAGGAUACUCAUUUUGUUACUGGAAUUGUUAGCUGGGGAGAAGGGUGUGCAAAGAAAGGCAAAUAUGGUGUCUACACCAAACUGUCCAGGUUCUUAAGCUGGGUAAGAACGGUCAUGAGACAUAAUUUGUAG